GUGCGUGAUGUGAUGAUGACGUCACAGCGAAGAUGGCGGACUCGUUGGCUGUCGGGACGUCAGACGAAAAAGAUCCCGAAAAUGAGGAUCACAAAGGGGUGAAAUGCUCGUGGGCUCCAGAACGGAUGUCGGAAAAAACGAACAUCUUGACCACCAUGACGGAAACUCUAGGAUGUUACGAGAAUCCCGCGGUUAAAGAGGAGCAGAUGGAGCACUCAGAUGUGGAUGAGCCGGAGGAUCCGUCUCUGUUAAGGUUCAUGUGUGCAGAACUGACCAGAGGAUACUUUCUGGAGCACAACGAGGCCAAAUACACAGAGCGCAGGGAGAGGGUUUACACAUGCAUGAGGAUCCCCAGAGAGCUGGAGAGGUUGAUGAUCUUCGGGAUCUGCCUGUGUCUGGAUGCUUUUCUGUAUGUGUUCACCCUGCUGCCGCUCAGGACUCUGCUGGCUUUCCUCAGGUUGCUGACCAUACCCUGCUGCGGCCUCGGCGCUAAUGUUUGUCCUUAUUGCAGACGGAGCAGUGGCUCUCGGUUCCUGCAGCCGGCUCAGGUGUGUGACCUGCUCAAAGGUUUAAUCAUGGUCCUCUGUUACUCCAUGAUGCACUAUGUGGACUACGCCAUGAUGUACCAUCUGAUCCGAGGCCAGUCAGUCAUCAAACUCUACAUCAUCUACAACAUGCUGGAGGUUGCAGAUCGACUGUUCUCAUCUUUUGGACAAGACAUUCUGGACGCUCUCUACUGGACAGCCACUGAACCAAAAUCACGGAAAAGAGCCCACAUUGGAGUCAUUCCCCAUUUCUUUAUGGCCGUCUUCUAUGUCUUUCUGCAUUCCAUCCUCAUCAUGGUCCAGGCCUCGACUUUAAAUGUGGCCUUCAACUCGCAUAACAAAUCACUGCUCACCAUUAUGAUGUCCAACAAUUUUGUGGAAAUCAAGGGAAGUGUGUUUAAGAAGUUUGAGAAGAACAACCUUUUUCAGAUGUCUAACAGCGAUAUAAAGGAACGGUUCACGAAUUACGUAUUGCUCCUCAUCGUUUGCCUGAGGAACAUGGAGCAGUUUUCGUGGAACUCAGAUCAUCUCUGGGUGCUGCUGCCUGACGUCUUUAUGGUGAUCAUGUCUGAGGUUGCGGUUGACAUCGUCAAGCACGCCUUCAUCACUAAAUUCAAUGACAUCACUGCUGAUGUCUACAGUGAAUAUAAAGCCAGCUUGGCCUUUGAACUUGUGAGCAGUCGACAACAAAAUGCCUACACAGAUUACAGUGACUCAGUGGCGAGAAGAAUGGGCUUCAUUCCUCUGCCUCUUGCUGUACUGCUGAUUCGAGUGGUGAUGAGCUCAGUGAAGAUCCAGGGCGCUCUCUCUUCUGUCUGUCUGCUCCUCUUUUAUCUCGGGUUAAUAACACUGAAAGUGUUGAAUAGUAUCAUUAUUCUGGGAAAGUCCUGUCGCUAUGUAAAAGAAGCUAAAAUGGAGGGUAAGCUGUUUGAAAGACCAAACCCUCAGACCCCAAAACAGACUCCCAAGAAAACCAACCCAGCCAGAUCUCCUCCACCAGCAGCUGAACCCAAAAUGCAUCGACCCACCGCCUCCAUCACAAAGCAGCCAACCCCUCGAGCAAAGCUGUUUCCUUCAGCUCCGACCCCUGAACCCAAGGAGACUGUCGAUCCUCCUCCAGAUCCCCCUCCUCCUAAUCCAGAAGAGAUCAUCAGCGCUGACGCUCAGCAAUCUACUGAACUUAAACACAGGACCAGCAAAAAAGAUCUGCUGGAGAUCGACCGCUUCACAAUAUGUGGAAACCGGAUCGGGUGAACUUUAACCUCAUCACCCCCACAGCCAAUGCUCAGGAACGAAAGUCUACAAUGCUUAACCGUGAGAGGCUUUCCAGUGAGUUCAUCAGAGUUCGCUUCUGUUCAUCUCUGACUGGAAAAUAAUGUUUCCACGAACAUUUCAAAGCAAGAGUCUGUUCACUCUUGGUAGUCUGGCAUCAUGCGGUGUAGAGUCUAGUAAAUAUUGCCGUAGGAUGUGAUUGUCUCGGUUUUAUCAGAGACUAUUUAAAUGAGGCAUGAACAUCUUACAAACUAGUCUCUGCCCACUCAGAAUAUGAGCGUGCUGCAAAAAAUGCUUUUCUUUCUUGGAGGUUUUGUCUUGUUUCUAGUCUAGAUAUCUACAAAUUCCUAAAUCAAGAAGCUUUUUUUAGGUGAGCAAAAUAUGUUGUCGUUUUCAGAAAUAAGAAUUUAAAUCUAAGCGAGUUUUUCCUUAAAACAAGCUAAAUAAUCUGCCAAUGGGGUAAGCGAAAUAAUCUUUUCUCUUUGAAAUAAGAUUGUUUUUUAUUUACCUCAUUGGCAGAUUAUUUAUCUGGUUUUAAGAAAACUCUCCCCUAAUAUUUACUUAUUAUUUCUAAAAACAAGACAAUACUUUUUACUUGUCUAGAAAUAGCUUUUAUUCAUCAAACAACAGUUGUUUGACCUGUAGCCAAUCAAAAUAAAUAAAUAAAAUUAUGUAAAA